CGCGGGAGGCGUUGGCCGGCGCAGUGUCAGUCUGAGUUCCACAGGCGAGCAGGCGUCGUCUCCGCGAAGGAACCCUGCGCCGAGCAAGUUGGACACUUUCAAACUCACCUCGACCCCUCGGGUUUUCUCGAGUUCCACCGCCGCCGAAGCGAUUUGCCCGAACCGCUCGAGAUGAUCAAAAACGGCCACCACGCCGCGGACGAGCAGCGGGACGAAGCCGACCGCGGUACGCCGGGUGGCUCCGUGUGCAGCACGGACAAACGGAAGCGCGUCGUCCGCCUGUGGUGUGAUGGCUGUUAUGACAUGGUGCACUAUGGUCACUCAAACCAGCUGCGCCAGGCCAAAGCCAUGGGAGACUACCUCAUAGCUGGAGUCCAUACAGAUGCGGAGAUCUCCAAGCACAAGGGCCCUCCGGUCUUCACUCAGGAAGAGCGCUACAAGAUGGUGCGGGCCAUCAAGUGGGUGGAUGAGAUUGUGGAAGGAGCUCCGUACGUCACCACCCUGGAGACUCUGGACAAGUACAACUGUGACUUCUGCGUGCAUGGAGAUGACAUCACGCUGACGGUAGAUGGCAAGGACACAUAUGAGGAGGUGAAGCUCGCCGGCCGUUACCGGGAAUGUAAGCGCACACAGGGCGUCUCCACCACUGACCUGGUGGGACGUAUGCUUCUCAUGACCAAAGCCCAUCACAGCAACAUGGAUAACCCAGAUUACCAGCAGCAUACAGACAAUUUUGGAAAGGGUCCAAAAGGCCACAGUCCAUGGACGGGAGUGUCCCAGUUCCUCCAGACAUCCCAGAAGAUCAUCCAGUUCGCCUCAGGAAAGGAGCCACAGCCCGGAGACACCAUCAUCUAUGUGGCUGGAGCAUUUGACCUCUUCCACAUUGGCCAUGUUGAUUUCCUAGAGAUGGUGUAUAAGCAGGCCGAGAGGCCCUACGUCAUCGUAGGUCUGCACUUUGACCAGGAAGUGAAUCGCUACAAGGGGAAGAACUAUCCAAUCAUGAACAUCCACGAGAGGACACUGAGUGUCUUGGCCUGCCGGUAUGUGUCAGAGGUGGUGAUUGGUGCGCCCUAUGCAGUGGGCAAAGACCUGCUGGUUCACUUCAAGGUGGAUUUGGUGUGUCAUGGCAAGACCGAGGUGUUUCCAGACAAGGACGGCUCAGACCCUUACGCUGAGCCUAAGAAGAGGGGAAUAUUCAGGACCAUCGAUAGUGAGAACAACCUCACCACAGAUGACAUUGUCCAGAGGAUCAUUGAAAACCGGCUGCAGUUUGAAGCCAGGAACCAGAAGAAGGAGGCCAAGGAGAUGGCAGUGAUCGAGGCGAUAAAGAAGAGGGAGCAGAACGAAGCUGCAGCCCAGACUGCUCACUGACAACACCUCAGAUUUGGGCCCAACUGGUUCUUUGUCUGAUUUUAGCUUUAAGAGGUUGGACUCCAAUGUCCCAGACAGAGGGUCCACGUUGUCCUAAACCGGGCCUGGCUUUAGGUGGAACGACCCCUGUGGGCCAGUGGGUCUCUAGUAGUCCACUGGAUUCGACACACCGCUGGGUUGGACGACUCCAGUCUACAUGGGACUAGAUUAGAUCUGCCUUGACCAGAACACGAAUCCAAACACCUAACACAUACUAUGAUUUUUUUUAAACCCAGAAAAAUUGCUAUAUUAUCCCUUUGCUGCGCAGAGAACUUAUAAUUUUUAUCUUCUUUCAUGUUGUACUACAGUAUAAUUGUUUGUAUCCAUGAAUUCACAAAGCUUGCGCCCCCCGUACAGGUGUUACAUUGGUAGGUUAAGUUUGUAAUCAUCCAUAACUUAUUGACAAAAUGUCAAUGUCAACAUCAUUGUCAGUUCUUUUUUUAGAUUCUAACCCAAAUUAGUUUUUUUAAAUAAUCAGUCUGUAAUGUUGGAUAUUUUUAAUACACUUUGAAAAUGUAGAUCUAUUUUAAUUUCUAUGUUUUUGUCCAUCCUAAGAAAAAAAAAGAACAUAGUUUCUAUGUUUAAUGAUCUGUGAAGUACUCUUCUAACUUUUAACUGUGGCUUUUAUCUACAGCAAUUUGCACCUAGUGAGUGAAUGUUUGCGUGCGUGCGUGCGUGCGUGCCUGCGUGUGCCUAGUUAAGUAGGAAGUAGGUGUUUGCACUGUAAAUGACAGUAGUGCCCCAUGUCUAAAGCUAUAACUAAUGUGUGGGCUGGGAAUUAUAUUGUAACUACUGCUCUGUCUACAACUGUGGGUAAACUUGUUGAGUCCUACUUUCAUCGAUCUACGUUCUUGAAAUGUUUUUGGGGAAAACACUAGAGUUUCCUCUCUCCUUUUUCAAAAGACAAUGCAAGAACUUCAAGAUUUGGGAGCCAGUGUCACUGUCAAACUGUUGACAGUUGCUCUCUCAUCACAUGGGGCGCAUCACUUUGACGUGAUUUGUUCAUGGUAGCGAGACGGUGUGGUGUUCAGACUGUGUUGGAGGGUGGGGCGGUGGCCGCCAUAGAAAUUAAUACGUUUCGAAAUAUUACAAAGUGGGAAUUUCCAAUCUCCAUAAUGCAAUGUGUAGAUUUCCCUUUAGCAAAUAAAUUGGCAAUAUGGCAAA